AGAACUCAUUUAACAAAAAAAAAAUCCACACUUCAGACAUUCGGGCGUUUGUCAUUCGAUGUUCAAAAUAGUCGUAGAUGAAUACAUGUGAUGUUGGUAUAAUUUUUUUUGAGUUGUUUAAGUUAAUUUUGCCAUUAUGGCUACUUCGUGUUUUUUGUGUGUAUUCUUGAUUUGUAUAGCUGUAUCCCACGGUUAUCAUUCUAAUAUUGAUUUUAAAUCCAAGAAUGGUUCAAUGUUAAAUAAAAGUACAAAUGAUAUUGGUACAUCCUCGGCAAUCUCCAAUACAGAAUUUUUCGAUAAGGAAAAAAAAAUAACUGCACAUAAAAAUGAAAUGACCAAAGAAUGUGUUUUAAAACUAGUGGAUGAUCAAACAAACAUUUUAAAUUUUAAAAACAAUUAUGACCAAAAUAUGGAAUUAACUGAAGAUGAAAUGGUUGAAAUUAUUGGUGAAAAUUUAAGAAACUUUUGCAAAGAUAAAAUCAUUAUUUUAAAUAACUUCGACAAUAAGAGUUUUAGUAGAUCAAAACGUUCAACAGAUAAGAAACGAUAUCAAGGUCAAACCCAAACUCAAUUUGUUAGUUUUGGUUCAAAAAAUUCUAAUCAAGAAACAAAAAAUGGAUUGGCUGAAGCUUUGUCACAACCUGAUUUAUCGAGGGCAACAGUCAGUGGUUUAAAUGGUAUGGGACAAGCUCAAAGUCAGUCAAGCUUUGGUGAAUGUGAUGAAUGUUCUGGGCAGGAUUAUAGAACGCAUUCAACACACGUGGACAAUCCUCAUCUGGGAAAUUUUCCAUCGCUUCGACCUAUAAAUUCUGUUCCUCAAAAUGAAAAUUCAAGACCAUAUAGUGUAUCAAAUACAAAUAGGCAGGCACCAGGCUUACAAAAUGAAGAAAAUCAAAGAGAACAUUCUAUUAAUGGACAAUAUCCAGAUACAUAUCCAGGAUCAGGAACAAACAAUACAUUACCAGGAAACCAAUAUCAAGGUUAUGGUAGAACUCCGUCUAUCGAUGGUCAAUAUACAAGUUCGGAAACAAACAAUAAAUUACCGGGUAACCGAAAUCAAGGAUCUGGUAUCAAUCCGUCUAUCGUCAGUCAAUAUCCGGGUUUAGGAACAAACAAUAAUAUACCGGGAAAUCGAGAUCAUGGAUAUGGUAACGUACCGUAUUUUUAUGAUCAAUAUCCAGGUAAAAACCAAGGUUCAGAAUCAAAUAAUACUAAAGAACUGGGUAAUAUAGACUCGGGACGUGUAUAUAGUUCUGCAAACGAACAGAAUCCAAAUUUAGCUAAUACGAAUUCACCUGAAUCCAAAAAAACUGUAAACAAUGAUGCUGUUUACCCAAACACAUAUUCCAUUAAUUCUAGUCCAUUAAAUCCCAGUAGCUGGGACUAUCCAAAUAAAAUCGAUACUAACAAUCCUAAUGUAGAUCAGCAAAUAAAUCAGUCAGGCUUUCCCAAUAUUCCUUCAGGGUUAGGUCAUGGAAUAUUGACUCCACAUAACACACCUAAUUCCGAAUGGACGCGUCCUAGUUACAAUCCACAAGUUCCAGUAACUACUUCAAUAGGACAUCAAAAUAAACCAUCAAAUUAUCCAUCUAUCCCUAUACAUAACUAUCAACAACAAAUGCCAAAUGUUUUAGGUCAAUUAUCACCAAAAAAGCCUAUUUCAAGUGAUACGAACUCACAAAACGAGCAAGGGAUUAAAAACGAAGCUGCUGGAACUAUACACAAUGGAUAUCCGUUGUCUUCAAAUAUACACGGAGGCCAAGGUUAUACCACACUGAAUUUACCUUCGCUAUGCAAUUUCUUAUACCAGACAUGUCUUAAUGCAUUGUCAAAUAAUAAAAGAGUAAAUGAAUUUCAAAUAACUAAUUCACAAAAUAACGAAAGAAUUCCAAACGAGGGAAAACAAGUUGGUAUUACACAGGUACCUAUCACCCAACAGCAAGGUUACCCUUUAUAUGGAGGAGAAAAUAAUCAAAAUCAAAUACAGCCUAGUUAUGGACUACCUCAAGAUACAUUAGGAUCAGGCGUGCCUAGUGUACAACAUCCUGGAUACACUCCAUCUGGUGGAAAUCUAAAUCCAAUUCAACAUAGCUAUGGCCAGCCUCAAGGUACAUUAGGCUCCGGAGGGUCUGGUUUUCAACGACAUGGGUAUGUUCCAUCGGGUGGAAAUGUAUAUCAAAUGGAACCUAAUUAUGGCGAACCUCAAGGUACAUUAGGCUCGGAAGGGCCUGGUUUUCAACAACCUGGAUACGUUCCAUCAGGUGGAAAUAUAAAUCACAUUCAACCUAGCUAUGGCCAACCUCAAGGUUCAUUAGGCUCUGGAGGGCUUGGUUUUCAGCAACCUGAGUAUAAUCCAUCAGGUGGAAAUAUAAAUCAAAUUCAACCUAGUUAUUACCAACCUCAAGGUACAUUAGGCUCUGGAGGGUCUAGUGUUCAGCAAUCUGGAAAUGUUCCAUCUGGUGGAAAUAUAAAUCAAAUUCAACCUCAAGGUACGCUAGGCUCCGGAGGAUCUGGUUUUCAACAACCUGGGUACGUUUCAUGGGGUGGAAAUGCAAAUCAAAUGGAACCUAAUUAUGGCCAACCUCAAGGUACAUUAGGCUCUGGAGGGCCUGGUUUUCAACAAUCUGGAUACGUUGCAUCUGGUGGAAAUAUAAAUCAAAUGCAACCUAAUUUUGGUCAACCUCAAGGUACAUUAGGCUCUGGAGGGUCUGGUGUUCAGCAAUCUGGAAAUGUUCCAUCUGGUGGAAAUAUAAAUCAAAUUCAACCUCAAGGUACAUUAGGUUCCGGAGGGUCUGGUUUUCAACGACCGAGUUACGUUCCAUCUGGUGGAAAUAUAAAUCAAAUGCAACCUAAUUUUGGUCAACCUCAAGGUACAUUAGGCUCAGGAGGGAUUGGUGUCCAGCAACCUGAAAAUGUUCCAUCAGGUGGAAAUAUAAAUCAAAUUCAACCUCAAGGUACAUUAGGCUCUAGAGGGUCUGGUGUUCAGCAAUCUAGAAAUGUUCCAUCUGGUGGAAAUAUAAAUCAAAUUCAACCUCAAGGUACAUUAGGCUCCGGAGGGACUGGUGUCCAGCAACCUGGAUACGCUUCAUCGGGUGGAAAUAUAAAUCAAAUGCAACCUAAUUUUGGUCAACCUCAAGGUACAUUAGGCUCUGGGGGGACUGGUGUCCAGCAACCUGGAUACGCUUCAACGGGUGGAAAUAUAAAUCCAAUUCAACCUAGUUAUGGCCAACCUCGAGGUACAUUAGGCUCUGGUAGGCUUGGUUUUCAGCAACCUGGAUACAAUCCAUCAGGUGGAAAUAUAAAUCAAAUUCAACCUAGUUAUGGCCAACCUGAAGGUACAUUAGGCUCCGGAGGGACUGGUGUCCAGCAACCUGGAUACGCUUCAUCGGGUGGAAAUAUAAAUCAAAUGCAACCUAAUUUUGGUCAACCUCAAGGUACAUUAGGCUCUGGGGGGACUGGAGUCCAGCAACCUGGAUACGCUUCAACGGGUGGAAAUAUAAAUCCAAUUCAACCUAAUUAUGGCCAACCUCGAGGUACAUUAGGCUCCGGAGGGUCUGGUUUUCAACGACCUGGGUACGUUCCAUCUGGUGGAAAUAUAAAUCAAAUGCAACCUAGUUAUGGCCAACCUCAAGGUACAUUAGGCUCUGGAGGGUCUGGUGUUCAGCAAUCUGGAAAUGUUCCAUCUGGUGGAAAUAUAAAUCAAAUGCAACCUCAAGGUACAUUAGGCUCUGGAAGGUCUGGUUUUCAACGACCUGGAUACGAUCCAUCUGGUGGAAAUAUAAAUCAAAUGCAACCUAGUUAUGGCCAACCUCAAGGUACAUUAGGCUCUGGAGGGCUUGGUUUUCAGCAACCUGGAUACAAUCCAUCAGGUGGAAAUAUAAAUCAAAUGCAACCUAUUUAUGGCCAACCUCAAGGUACAUUAGGAUCUGGAGGGUCUGGUGUUCAGCAAUCUGGAAAUGUUCCAUCUGGUGGAAAUAUAAAUCAAAUUCAACCUCAAGGUACAUUAGGUUCCGGAGGGUCUGGUUUUCAACGACCGGGUUACGUUCCAUCUGGUGGAAAUAUAAAUCAAAUGCAACCUAAUUUUGUUCAACCUCAAGGUACAUUAGGCUCAAGAGGGACUGGUGUCCAGCAACCUGAAAAUGUUCCAUCAAGUGGAAAUAUAAAUCAAAUUCAACCUCAAGGUAUAUUUGGCUCCGGAGGGUCUGGUUUUCAACGACCUGAUUACGUUCCAUCUGGUGGAAAUAUAAAUCAAAUGCAACCUAAUUUUGGUCAACCUCAAGGUACAUUAGGCUCAGGAGGGACUGGUGUCCAGCAACCUGAAAAUGUUCCAUCAGGUGGAAAUUUAAAUCAAAUUCAAUCUCAAGGUACAUUAGGCUCUGGAGGGUCUGGUGUUCAGCAAUCUGGAAAUGUUCCAUCUGGUGGAAAUAUAAAUCAAAUUCAACCUGGUUAUGGACAACCUCAAGGUACAUUAGGCUCUGGAGGGCUUGGUUUUCAGCAACCUGGAUACAAUCCAUCAGGUGGAAAUAUAAAUCAAAUUCAACCUAGUUAUGGCCAACCUCAAGGUACAUUUGGCUCUGGAGGGUCUGGUGUUCAGCAAUCUGGAAAUGUUCCAUCUGGUGGAAAUAUAAAUCAAAUUCAACCUACUUAUGAUCAGCCUCAAGAUACAUUAGGUUCUAGUGGGACUGGUGUCCAGCAACCUGGAUAUUCACCACCUGGAGAACCUAACCGAAAUGGUCUUUCAAGUGUUCAAUCACCUUUAGAUGGAAAAAGAGUACCUCAAAGUUAUCCUGGAUCGUAUGGUGAUAACAGUUUUAGAGGUCCAUCUCUUAAGCCAGGAUCAGAAAUGGAAAAUAUUAAUCCAUCACCAAACCCAAUAAUCGGUGGUCAGUUUGGAACUGAUAUAUCAUCUGGAGGUUCUGUGACUCCUAUUGACACUGAAGGAGGAGAUGCACAAUCAAUGACUAAUGUAGAUGUUGAUGGCCAAGAAACUAGAGCGUCGGCUUCAGCUCAAGGAAAGUCCAAAACAGGUAUGAGCCAGACUCAAGUAUCUGGAUCAUAUUUAGGAACAGGAACAUUUUCUGCUCAAGCUCAAACAAGCGAUAGCGAUAAAGGAGCUCAAAGCCAAAUUGUAAGUAAUACAAAUGGUACAACAAGUACAGCUCAAGGAAAAGGUGGAAGGGGACAAGCACAAUCCCAAGUUCUUUAUAAUGCAGAUAAUGGCAUUGCCCUAGGUGAAGCACAAAGCUCAGGAAUUAAUUAUGGGACAAACACUCAAUUGCAAGCUGGUAUAAAAGGAGGAGUGGCAGAUGCACAAUCAACUGGCCCAGGAAGUACUUCCAGCCAGGCUCAAAUAGGUUUCUUACCACAUGAGUCCAACAACAGCACUAAUCAAAAGUCAUUAUUUAAAGGUAGUGGUUCAACUUCAGCUCAAGGUGGAUCAUAUAGUGGUCAAUCGCAAAGUCAACUGUAUGGGUCAUAUAAGCAUGGAAUUUCAUACAACGGUGCUGCUCAAGCAAGUACUGGUAAAAAACUUCAAAACUUACCAAAAUUAAAUUUGGCUGAUGCCAAGUUAAAAAUUGGGCAACUCGAAAGAUCUAAUAAUGAAGUUAAAAAUCAAACUAAUGCACUCCCAAACUUACAGCCUAUUCCAAUUGUAUUACGAUCUCAAAAUCAAGUAGAAAAUUCCAAUGUUGAUAACCAAAAACAGCAAAAUAUAUCUUCAACACAGACUCCAUCUAUUUUACCACAAGAAUCGUCUAAGAAUAUCGAUGUUUAUCCUGAAUACGAAGAUAAUGAUGAAUAUGAUGAAGAUAGUGAUGAAACUGUAAAUACAAAAUCAGUACAAACAAAAAAAGAAACAAUCCCAAAUCAAGAGCAAAAUAUUAUUUUGAAAUUAGAUGACAAACAUGAUGCCCAAAUUACUCGUGAUUCUGAUAGUCAGCUGAAAUCUGGACAAGUAUUAGAUGCUGGUCAAGUUAUACCAGGGACUAACGGUACUAAAAUACCAAAUGGAUUUAGAGGAAGGGUAGCUUCAGUAGCUGGAGACCAUACCGAAGCUAAAGCAAUUCCGGGAGGUCAAGCUCAAACUCAAACUGUAUUCUUAACACCCGGAGUAGGUAGUUUAACUGUGGUAGACAAAACAAAAUUAAGAGCGCAGUUAAAUAAAGAAUCAUAUGUUAAGCCAAUUAAAAGUUUCAAAACUGAAAUUAAUGGAGGAAUAGGCAAAUUUAAACCAGAUGAAAAGAAUGUUCAGUAUUUUACUAAAUCAUCAACUUGUGGUUACUUUUCAUUUUCGUGUAACUAUGUAAAUGGAGCAAAAGAUGGGCCUAAGAUAUGUAAGCCAAAUCCACCACCUUUCCCAUGCCAGAAAACUAAUAAUUAAUGAUUAUAACAAAUAUUAGAAUAAUAUUUUUUUUUUAUAAAACAAUUAUUUAUAUUUUAGUUAAGUUAAUUGAGUACAAAAUUGUAUACUAAUUAAACCUAACUUUGUACUAUGAAAUAUAGAAGUUCUAUUAAAGUAACAUUUAUUAUUUUAUAUACUAAUUUAGCUACUAUUAUCGUUUUGCACAUGAUUAUUGCUAUAUAAAAGAAAAUUCACAAAUACUAAAUGUAUUAAUACAUAAUAAGUCAAUAAAAAAAUGGAAAAUGAAAAUGU